AAGCACACGGCUUUUAUACCACCGACCAUCCUCCUUCAUUCAUCGACACAGCUCUGCUCACGCCGCUCAUCCACUAUCAGCAUUUGAGGAUUAUGAAUUGUGAUUAACAGAGCGCGCGAGGGUCAAUCCAGGUGGAGUUUGAACAGAGGAAUUCCUGUGCCCAGCCUAAAAUGAGGAACUGCUGAGAGUUGAUCUGGGUGAGUUCAGAGCAGUGUAUCGAAGCGUGUGUGGAUGACCCCGGCUGUGGCCGGCUGACCCCCUGUCCUGAUGAUGAAAGGCCUGUCCGGCAGCCGCAGCCAUCACCAUGUGGUGGCCUGCGAACCCUCUUAUGACCCACUAGGUCACCAUGGUGACCGCAAGCCCUACCUCAUUGGCCAGAUUGAUGCCCCGCCCCCGCCAGAGCACCCUUACUACUCGGGACGGAGCUCCUACCAGCCAGACUGUGUAGCGGUGCCUUAUGGGACGUUUCCACGGCGCCACUACAGCUCCAGCCACGAGCUGAAGGAUGAGUGUGCCUUGGUACCCUACACAGGUGGAGGCGCAUCCAAAGGUCAGCAGCGGGUACCGGUAAACCUGCUGGAACAGCUGGACCGCCAGCUUCCUGUGUCCCGGGAUGGCUACCACACACUUCAGUACAAACGGGCUGCUGCAGCUGCUGCAUCGGCCGCUUUGGAGCAGCGCAAUGACAGUCCGGGGCGUAUCCGGCACUUGGUGCAUUCGGUGCAGAAACUCUUCACCAAGUCCCAUUCUCUUGAAGGGCCACACCACAGCAAGGGUAGCGUGAAUGGUGGGGGUGGAGGUGGGGGCAAGGCUAGUCCAGACGGAGAAGGAGGACCGGCGCCGACACAGAGACAACGGAAACGCAGCAAAAGCCGUGAGCGCUGCAAGUCUGCCGAACCCAAGCAGAGGGCACCACCCUCAGGCUACUGGAGCUCGGAUGAACCUGAACGGGACAUCUGCCCACUGCGCCAUGCCCCGGCACCCCCUGGAGUCAUGACCAUGGGCCGGCACCCAGACAAGUCGCAGUCACAGUACUUCCUGGACGCAUACCAGGAGGGGGCGAUGCUGAAAAGCUCACGCAGCAACAACGACGUGGCAAAAUGUCAGUCAUGCGCCAUUGCAGUACCAUCGCUGGGAGUGGACGGGACGCAGCUGGUGAAGAAGAGCUCGUGGUCGUCCUCUCUCACGGUGAGCAGGGCGCGCCAGGUCUACCAGAAGGCCGCCAUAAAUGUAGAUAAGGCGCUAGUGAAAGCAGAGGCUUGUCAGCAGGAGCGUUCGUGCCAAUUCUUGCAGGUGCCUCAGGAUGAGUGGGGGGGCUUCCCUUUGGGUAAGGAUGAGGACAUCCCGUGCCGGCGCAUGCGCAGCGGGAGCUACGUCAAGGCCAUGGCGGAAGACGACAGCGGCGACUCGGACGGAAGUCCCAAACCCUCGCCCAAGAUGCAGGCGCGACGGGCCAGCUACCUCAAAGCCACCCAGCCGUCCCUGACCGAGAUGACCACCCUGAACAUUUCCACCGAGCACUCUCCGAAGCUGCAGAUCCGGAGCCACUCUUACCUGCGGGCGGUGAGUGAAGUUUCCAUCAAUCGCAGCCUGGAGAGCCUGGACCCCAAAGCCCUUCUCGCCUCGCCCCAAUACCGCUCACGCAAUGAGAGCUACAUGAGGGCUAUGAGCACCAUCAGCCAGGUGAGUGAAGUAGAAGUGAAUGGUCAGAUCGAGGCAGUAUGUGAGAGUGUAUUCAGUGAGAUGGAGUCACAGGCGGUGGAUGCUCUGGACCUGCCGGUGCCCGGAUGCUUCCGGAUGCGAAGCCACAGCUACGUCCGCGCCAUAGACCAAGGCUGCUCCCAGGAUGAUGACGGACCACUACUGCCCGCAUCACCACCACGGACCACCACAACAGUCAGGACCAUACAGAGCAGCACAGUGUCGUCAUGUAUCACCACCUAUAAGAAGACUCCUCCCCCCGUGCCCCCACGCACCUCCACCAAGCCCUUCAUCAGCAUCACAGCCCAGAGCAGCACCGAGUCGGCGCAGGACGCCUACAUGGACGGCCCGGGUCACCGGGGCGAAGUCACACUGCACUCAGGCCUCAGCAAUUCCACCGAAAGCAUCGACAGCAUGAAGGCUCUGACCGCGGCCAUCGAGGCGGCUAACGCGCAAGUCCAUGGCCCGGCCAGCCAGCAUGUCGACAGCAGCAUGAGUACCUCCGUGCCCCUACCCAUGCCCCUCCCACUACCUGUCCCAGUGCCCAUCCCAGUGCCCACGUUGGAAGACAGCCACAGAGAUGUCCUGCGCAAAGGCCGCUGCCUGUCCAUCGGCAUCCAGGUGGACGGCCCAGAAGAUCAGGAAGCAGAGGACCAGUCAAAGUUCCAGUCAGUAGGAGUCCAAGUUGAGGACGAGAGAAGUCAUCGGCGGUUCACGCGCUCCAACAGCGUAACGGCGGCAGUGCAGGCAGACCUGGACACCCCAGAUUACUCCCCGGCUGAUUCUCCAGACGCAAACAUCCUGCCCUCAGGCUGCCUGUCCCGGCAGUACUCUCGAGACGCGGCCACUUCCACAGUCAGCAUCCAGGGCUCAGGGAACCACUACCAUGCUUGCACCUCUGAUGACUAUGAGGAUGUGGGUUUCGACCCCUCCAUCCUCCCCCCACCAGACCCCUGGAUCGACAGCGUGACGGAGGAUCCCCUGGAAGUGGUCAGCCGCUCGGUGUGCCAGCGGGACGGCCGCUGGUUCCUCAAGCUGCUUCAGGCCGAAACCGAGCGUAUGGAGGGCUGGUGCCGGCAGAUGGAGCACGAUGAGCGUGAGAACGAGUUGCCUGACGAGAUCCUGGGGAAGAUUCGGAGCGCGGUCGGUAGUGCCCAGCUGCUGAUGUCUCAGAAGUUUCAACAGUUUCGAGAGCUGUGUGAGGAGAACCUGAACCCUAACGCUCACCCUCGGCCUGUGGCGCAAGACCUGGCUGGUUUCUGGGACAUGCUACAGCUGUCCAUCGAAAACAUCAGCCUGAAGUUCGACGAGCUGCACCAACUCAAAGCCAACAACUGGAGACCCCUCGACCCCCCUGAGAGAAAGGAGAGGAGGUUACCUCCCCCCGUGCCAAAGAAACCCCCGAAGGCUCACCCACCCCUGGCCCGGGACCGCUCACUCGAGAGCACCGAGAAACAGAGGCAGGAGGCACGCAAACGCUUAAUGGCGGCCAAGAGGGCGGCAUCCGUGCGGCAGAAUUCAGCCACAGAGAGCGCGGACAGCAUUGAGAUCUAUAUCCCUGAAGCCCAGACCAGACUAUGAGAGCACACAUACACAUUAACACGCACCACUGCCGCACUCAUACGUAUAAAUGCUGAAUCUAGCAUUAAAAAGCACAAACACGCCGCCCGGAUCUGUAUCUCUGAGAGUAGCGCCACAACAACACAC